AUGGAUCUCUUUAGGCGAGCCGUAAAGGCCAUCCCGUCGACAUCGCCCAAACUUCCUACCGCCGAUGAGAAGCCGAGCACAAAGCAUGCCCGGCAAAACAGAUUCACCUCGCGCCUGGCCUUCUUCAGAAGGCCGCUGCGACUUCGGGGCAACUCGAGCGUUUCCGUUCCCCUCGGCGUGGUCAUUCUCUUCCCCCUGAUCGUUGUGAUCCUUAUCCUCGUCUUGUUUGUCAGACAUCCCAGUUCCCCUGGCAGGAUAUUGAUGCCCGCCGGCGCCCCUCCGGCCAUUAGGAAAAUCAGUGAAGAACAUGACAAGGUCUUCGUAACCGGAUGUCUCGAACCCGACACGAGCAGACCCAGGGCCAACGGUGCCUUUGUUGUCUUGGCCCGCAACAAGGAAUUGGACGGCGUUAUCCAGUCCAUCAAGUCUAUUGAGCGUCAUUUCAACAGAUGGUACCACUACCCCUAUGUCUUCCUGAACGACGGCGACUUCAACGAGACCUUUAAGGAGGUUGUCACCAACUACACGUCUGCUCCCGUCGAGUUUGGCAAGGUUGGCCCCGACAUGUGGGGCUACCCUGAUUGGAUUGACCACAAGGUCGCCAAGGAGGGUAUCGCCAAGCAGGGUGACGCCGCUGUCAUGUACGGUGGCUUGGAGAGCUACCACGCCAUGUGUCGUUUCUACUCUGGAUUCUUCUACAAGCAUGAGCUCCUUCAGAAGUACGAGUGGUACUGGCGCCUGGAGCCGGAGAUCAAGUACUUCUGCGACAUCACCUAUGAUCCCUUCUUGGCCAUGAUCGACGCCAACAAGACCUAUGGUUUCACCAUUGCUGUCAAGGAACUUCGCGAGACUGUCCCCAACAUUUUCAGAUACGCCUCUGCCUACAAGCGUCUCAAGGGCCUUAAGUCCAAGGGCUUGUGGGAGAUGUUUGUCGACCCCGUCCCCGAGAAGAAGGAGGAGCCCACCGAGCAGACCCCUCUCCCCGAGGAAGUCCUCCGCAGCGACCCUGGCCGCAACGCCGUGCCCGAGAUCGACCCCGAGGCCAUGGAAGGCGAGACGUACAACAUGUGCCACUUCUGGUCCAACUUCGAGAUUGCCAGCCUCAAGUGGUUCCGCAGUAAGGAAUACGAGGACUUCUUCCAAAUGAUGGACCGCAGUGGCGGUUUUUGGAUGGAACGCUGGGGUGACGCUCCUAUCCAUUCCUUGGCGGCCGGCGCCCUCUUGGCCCCUCGUGACAUUCACUACUUCCGAGACUUUGGCUACCGACACACCACCAUCCAGCACUGCCCCGCCAACGCCCCGGCGCGACAGCUCCCUAGACAAAAGUACCUGGAGAAGACGACGCUGGACGAAAAGAAGCGCAUUGAGGAGGACGACUACUGGGAGCACUGGGAUGCCGAGAAGGAGAACGGUGUCGGAUGCCGCUGCCGAUGCGACACGGACAUUGUCGACGUUGAGGGCAAGGAGGGAUCCUGCCUCGCCGAGUGGGUUGACGUCGCAGGCGGAUGGGCCAGCCCGUAA